GCCCUUCGGUGGUAUGCUUUUCGUCGUGUUGUGUUUGCUGUUACUCACAUCGCCAUCUUGUUGCAUGACUAUCAAUGUGUGCUUGAGGAUUUACGAAAGUAAUCCGGAUAUUGCUUUUUGGAUUUUUCUUCCCAUCAGUUGCGAACUCGGCAGUGGUGGAAAGAACUACCAAGCGAACCCGUACCUUCUUACUCGCUCGCAUUCAGGAAAAGCGAUCGUGAGGUAUCAGGGCGCGCGAUGAGCAUCGAUACGCUGUUGGAAGCCGCCAGGUAUUUGGAAUGGCAAGCCCAGCAACAACAGAUUACACGUGAGGAGGAGAAGAAGCGGGAGAAUGCGAUCGUGGCGCGGGAGGCGGAUCAGCUGGUGCGUCAGCUGCAGCAGCACUGCAUGGCAGAGAACGGCGCCUCUCUGGUGCCCGCCGCCGUGCAGGUCAACCACCUCAGCUGGGGGGUGGAGGCCCCGCGCUUAGUCCAGCAACCGCCCCAUCCUCAGCAGCAGCAGCAGCAGCAACCGCAUCUCCAGCAUCAGCACCAGCACCAGCAGCCCCAGCACAUCCAGGCAGUGGCCACCGGAGCCGCUCUCCCCAUCACAGUCAUCCCCAUCUCCAUGGUGCAGGCCAACGCCGCUGCCCCGCAGACCAUCACCACCACCACCAUCGCAGGAGCCGCCGCCGCCCCCACUCAUCUGGCCCACGCGGCGGCACCCAUGACCCUGGCCACGGCCCUCUCUCCACAGCCCGCACAGCUCCUGGCCAGCCCGGUGUCUCAUCAGCCCUCCGCCGUGGUGGUGACCGCAGCAGCAGCAGGAGGAGCAGCAGCCGCCACGACGGUUGUCAAAGACAGACAGUCUCAGUCGCCGCCAAACCAACACCAGCAUCAGCACCAACGUCACCUGGUGGCGGCAGUGAAGGGGGAGACCAGCAUCCUGCCUCAGCCCACCCUAGGCAGCCAGGCGGCAUCAGGGAGCAGCCCCAAACAGCAGCAGCAGCAGCACUCUCCACAGAGACCACCAGUUACCCUGACUCACCCCCAGCCCCACGCCCCUCCCCAUGCCCAGCUGCUGCAGACGUACCCGGGGCAGAUCCUCACCUCCCCAGCCCAGCACCAGCACCAGCACGCCCUGCUGCCCCAGCCAGCCACCGCCCUCGCACAGAGCCACCAGGCACAGCUGGGGCAGGUGACGCAGAGGCCCAACGGCGCCUCCCUAGAGGACGUCAGGAGUAUGGACGCCAAGAGGAGACCUGGAGGAGCUGGGACAAGAGAGGUGCAUAAUAAGCUGGAGAAGCACAGACGUGCCCAUCUGAAAGAGUGCUUCGAGACCUUGAAGAGGAACGUCCCCAAUGUGGACGAAAAGAAAACGUCCAACCUCAGCGUCCUACGCAGUGCACUGCGCUACAUUCAGACGCUGAAGCGCAAGGAGAAGGAGUUUGAGCACGAGAUGGAGCGUCUGGCCCGAGAGAAGAUCGCCACGCAGCAGAGGCUAGCCGAGCUGAAGAAGGAUCUGAGCCAGAGCAUGGACGCCCUGGAGAUAGACCGGCUACUCAGACAGACCGUGCAGCCGGAGGACGACCAGGCAUCCACCUCUACGGCGUCAGAGGGAGAGGACAACUUUGACCAGGAUAUUGACGGCGACGUGCCAUCGUCCGCCUCCUCCGGCGCCCCUAGCGCCAGCCCCAAACCCCCCCACCACCACCACCCACCCUCCUACCCCAGCCCGGCGGGCACCAUGCCGCCCCUCACCCUCCUCCCCGCCCCAGGGCCCCAGCACCAGCCCCGAGCCGUGCAGCCCGCCCCCUUGACCCUCCCCCAGCACAUCACCAUCCAUUCCCACAAGCUCACCCCCGUGGCCCAAGCCAUGACGGUCGUAUCCCCACUCCCCACCGUCACCGUCUCCUCCUCCCCCCAACCCCAGACGGUGGUGGCUGCCGCCGCCGCUCCGGUCCCCCAGGCCAUCGCCCCCGCCACCCCUCCACCGCAACCCACGGCCAUCCCCGUCUCCACCCACCUGGUGAUGCCCCAGGCCCCCGGGCAGCACCCCCAUCCGCACGCGCAGCAGGCCACGGUGAUCGCCCACGCCUCCGUCUCGCACGCCUCCGUCAUCCAGGCGGUGAACCACGUGCUGCCCGUCGCCGCCGGCACCACCACCAAGCACCUGGCCCACAUCGCCCCGUCAGGUGGGGCGGUGAUGGCGGCAGCGGCAGCCCCCGUGGGUGGAGGAGUUGUCACAACCGCCACCACCCUGCCCAUGCCCAUGUCCGUCCCCGUGUCCACCACCGUCACAGCCAUGGGCCAGCCCAUCGGACACAUCACCGUGGCGCACCUGAGCCCGCACCUGCCCGUGAACGUCAACGCCGUGCCCAUGAACGUCAACAUGAACGGGGCCACGCUGUACCCGGCGCAGCAGGUGGCGGUGUCUCAGCCGGCCGUGGUGGGGCACAUCGCGCACGCGCUGGCCGCCCACCACCAACAGCAACAGCAACAACAGCACCAUCACCACCACCACCACCCGCACCCCCAACACCACCCACACCACGCCGGCCACCACGCGCAGGUCAACGGGAUCACGCCAGUGUCUGUGGCGGUGGCAGGCACCCAGGGUACGCCAGGGGCCACCGCCACCAUGGUGACGGGCAAAGGGGCCACGGUGGUGACGGCCCACCACCAUCAUCCGCAGCUGGUGGGACAGACAGUGCCCGUCCUCAACCCCGUAACUAUGGUCACCGUGCCUCAGUUUCCCGUCAGUACACUCAAGCUUGCUUGAUGAACACCACACAGGAAGGGGCAAAAACAGAACUUAAAAAAAACUGAACUUUAUAAAACACGUAAAGACAAUGUAACAAACCAACCAACAAUCCAACUAACAAACAAUUACAGGACUGGUGGAUGAAUUAUGAAUGAAUGAAUGAGUGAAUGACAACGUGUGGCGUGAAAGAGCCGGGUAACGAGUGCGAGAAUGUGUCACAUUGCAUGGAGCAACUGAGUGAGUGGAGUGGGAUAGGAUGUGGAGUGUGUUGGGUAUGCCUGACCGAGUGAUAGCCGAGGUGUGAUGUGUGUUGUGGCGGCUGUCUGUGGUGACACUGGGGUAAACAAAAACAGAAAAAAACAAACAAAAAAGAAAUUAUUCCUUGACCUUCUAUUCUUUCUACUGUAAUCUCACACUUCCUCUGAUUCUCCAGCACAGUUGGUUUGGACUGGUGGUCUAGACCCAGUGAUAUUCUCUAGGAGUCUUUCUCACACUUCCUCUUCCUCCUCCUCUUCCUCUUCCUCUUCCUUCCAUUUUGUUUUGUUGACGUGUGUGCUAUGGAAGCUGUAGCUCGUUCUUGUCCUUCCAUUCUGUUUCGUUGACGUGGUUUGAGAGAAGCGUCAAAACCCUCUUUCUUCUCAUCCUUUUUCUCUGCAAUUGGUGUUUUCCUCACUGUUGCCCUGCCUCUGAUGUUAACAUGAUCAGUACUGCUUUGUUCGUACUGCAAAGGUGGUUGAUGAGACAUAUGGUUUCGUUCAGAAAAAAAAAUCAUCACAACAGGAUGUUUUAAGAGGUUGAUGACUACCUCCUGGUUAGUUACUGUAGUCAAAUCCACCCCUGGCUCAUCGGGUCUUUGAUUGAUUGAUUGAUUGAUUGAUUGAUUGAUUGGUCCCUUGCAUUAGAACGUGGGUUUGUAGUGAGGAAAAAUAUGUGUGUGCCUACCUAAUUGUCCAUUUAUGUGUACCUAUCUACGUCUGUGUAUGUCUUUUUUUACUUGUUGAUUGGUGUUGAUUCGUCAAUUGUUAAGUGUUUGAGUGUUUGUCUUUUGUUUUUUACAAUUAACCCACAAAGUUGUGAACGGAUGUGCCAACCAAGGCUGCACAUUCCCCAAAAUCACACACACGCUCACAUAAACACAUGGUCAUUCACACAGAUACCCACACACAGACCGAAACAGACCCCGGAGAAAGCACUGUGCUAAGUGGUGAAGUUUUUAAUGUCAACGUGGUAGAAGUAUUUCUCUGUGACGACUUGAAGGGGGAAAGUCUGUUUGAAGCUGUUUGAAGCCCAAUAAAUGCUCAACUGCUUUCUA